AUUCAACUCACAAAGGAGCAACAUGGGGAAGGUGCAGUGGAUCCUGAUUGGGAUUUUAUGUUGUGUUGGAAGUGUUUCCUGUAUCAUAAGGGAAUAUUUUAUAGGUAUUAAAGAGGUUCGGUGGGAUUACGCACCCAGUGGCAAGAACCUGAUUCAGAACAAGACACUGGUGGAGGAUGAACAUGCAAGAACAUUUUUAGAGCAGAAUGAGGUGAGAAUUGGACGUGUUUAUAAGAAAGCAGUGUACCUCCAGUACACAGAUGCCACCUUCAGUCAGGAGAUCGAGAAACCUAAAUGGCUGGGCUAUGUGGGGCCCAUCAUUUCUGCGGAAGAGGACGACAUGGUGCUUGUGCAUAUGAAGAAUAUGGCUUCUCGGACAUACUCCAUCCAUGCUCAUGGUAUUCACUACAACAAGUCUCAUGAAGGUGCAUUGUACCCAGAUGAGUCAGAUACACAGGAGAAGAAGGACGAUGCCGUACCCCCUGGGAAGGCCCACAGCUACAUCUGGUCUUUAGCCUCCUCUCACGCUCCUGGCAAAGAUGACACCAACUGUCAGACCCGAGUAUACCACUCUCAUGUCAAUGCCCCAAAAGACACUGCCUCAGGACUCAUCGGUCCUCUUAUCAUCUGCAAGAAAGGCACACUGGACAUCCACGGUGAUAAAUCAGGAGACUACCUGUAUGCCCUCAUGUUUACUGUUUCUGAUGAAAACCUCAGCUGGUACCUGGACGACAACAUCAAGGCUUACUGCAAAACACCCGCUAAAGUCAACAAGGAUGAUGAGAACUUUCAGGAAAGCAAUAAAAUGCACUCUAUUAAUGGUUUCGUCUUCGGUAACCUGCCGGACCUGAGCAUGUGCAUGGGCAAUAAGAUACAGUGGCACCUGUUUGGAAUUGGCAACGAGGUGGACAUCCAUUCUGCAUUCUUUCAUGGGCAGAUCAUAAAAGACAAACAGCACAGCACAGACACAGUCAGCCUUUUCCCAGCUUCCUUCGUGAGUGUAGAAAUGGAGGCGGACAACCCUGGCAAGUGGCUGUUGAGUUGCCAGGUCAAUGAUCAUCUGGAGGCGGGCAUGCAGGCCAUUUUUGAAAUCAAGAAAUGUUUUCCCAACGUACACAAGCCCAGACCAUUCGGAGCGGUCAGGGAGUACUACAUCGCCACUGAAGAGAUCAUCUGGGACUAUGGACCUACAGGCUUGAACCAGUACACUGGCAUCAAGUUACAUGAUGACAGCAUGGCUGACACAUUCUUUGAUAACCGUAAUGACCGUAUUGGAGGGAAAUACAAAAAGGUCCAGUAUGUUGAGUACACAGAUGAUAAAUUUACCAAACGCAAGGAAAGAACCCCUGAGGAGCAGCAUCUGGGCAUUCUGGGUCCAAUUAUCAAGGCAGAGGAGGAGGACACAAUAAAGGUCACAUUCAGGAAUAAAGCCAGUCGGCCCUUCAGCAUUCAGCCUCAUGGAGUGCAGUACAACAUCGAGAUGGAUGGAACGCUCUAUCACAAUGAGCUGGAAGAAUCGUACACUGCCAAAAAGCUCAGGGAACUCAAGAAAGAAGCAAGAGUUGUUGAACCUCUUCCUGCCGCCCUGGUCCGUCCUGACACCACCUAUAAGUAUGAAUGGGUCGUGCCGAAAGGUGGAGGCCCGACUGAAAACGAUCCCGACUGCAUCACUUAUCUAUAUUAUUCUGCUGUGGACCCAAUCCGAGAUACCAACUCUGGCCUGGUUGGACCUCUCCUAAUCUGUAAACCCAAAACCCUCAAAUCAGGCAAACAAAAAAAUGUGGACAAAGAAUUCUACCUGCUCGCUACCAGUUUUGAUGAGAACCUGAGCUGGUAUUUGGACGAGAAUAUCAACAGAUAUGCUAAGCAACCUAAAACUAUAAAGAAAGAUGAUGAAGACUUUCAGUUGUCUAAUAAAAUGCAUUCACUUAAUGGCUACAUGUAUGGAAACCUGCAAGGUCUAAACAUGUGCAAGGGAGACAAAGUUGCCUGGCAUCUCUCAGGUUUGGGUUCAGAAGGAGACAUCCAUGGACUUUACUUCCAUGGAAACAGGUUUCUCUACAGAGGAACGAGAAAAGACACCAUCAGUGUUUUCCCUCACAUUUCUCACACAGUCAUUAUGGAACCGGACAGCAUGGGUCAGUUUGAGGUGACUUGUAUGAGUGCUGAUGAUAACCACGCAGGUAUGAGAGUGAACUACACAGUAGAAAAGUGCAGUUUCUGGAACAGACAGUCUGAAGUCAUGCUCCAUCAGAAGAAAUAUUACAUCGCUGCUGUGGAGAUGGACUGGGACUACUCUCCCUCCCGGACAUGGGAGGAGAAGAUGUUCAAUGGUCUUAAAGACAGUCCAGGAAAUGCAUUUAUUAAUAAGGGGAACAAGUUUAUUGGCUCUAAAUAUAAGAAGGUCCUGUACCGGGAGUACACUGACGAAUCCUUCACCAAGCUAAAGGAAAGACCAGCUGAUAUGGAACACUUGGGAAUUCAAGGUCCGAUGAUUCAUGGAAAUGUGGGAGAGAAAGUAAAGGUAGUGUUUAAGAACAUGGCUAAAAGGGCGUACUCGAUACACGCUCACGGAGUGAAAACAGAUAAUCCUAAAGUCGUUCUAACCCCACCAGGUCAAACUCAGACGUACACCUGGUACAUUCCUAAAACUGCUGGACCGACAUCAGAGCAAGAGGAAUGUAACGUUGGAGCUUAUUAUUCAACUGGAGAUGUUAAUAAGGAUUUGUACAGUGGACUGAUUGGGCCCCUGGUCAUCUGUAAGAAGAGUCUGUUGAGGAAGUUGGGGCUAAAGAAGGAGAUUGAGGAGUUUUCUCUGCUCUUUAUGGUGUUUGAUGAGAAUAAGUCUUGGUAUUUGGAUGACAACAUAAAAACUCAUGUGAAUAAUCCACCCAGCAACUUAAAAGAGGACGAUGAGUUUAUUGAAAGCAACAAAAUGCACGCAAUCAACGGUCUGCUCUAUGGAAAUCUUCAUGGGCUGAAUAUGCAGGUGGGAGAUAAGGUGUACUGGUACCUAAUGGGAAUGGGAAGUGAAGUGGACAUCCACACAGCUCAUUUUCAUGGGCACAGCUUCGACUACAAGAUGUCUGGCACCCAUCGAGCCGACGUGUUCGACUUGUUUCCUGGCACCUUCCAGACGGUAGUGAUGCGCCCUCUGUACGCAGGAUCCUGGCUCCUGCACUGCCAUGUCGCUGACCAUGUGUUGGCUGGCAUGGAGACCACAUACACAGUGAUGGAGAAAGAGAAAAAGAAGGGCUUUCUAGGAUCGCUCGGAAGAUAAGAAAUGGCCUUGCUCAAAAAUCCAACAGCAACAACCUGGCAGUGGUGGGGCUUGAACCAGCGACCUUCUGAUUACUAGUCCAGUACCGUAACCGCUAAGCUACAACUCCCUUUGCUCCCCACUGCAAAUGAUGUUCCACAAACCAAACUGUCUAUUGUAUAACAGCAUUAAAACAAAGAGUGACGCUGUUUUAAAAUCAAACUGUGGCGUUGAUACUUAAAAGAUCCUUCAUAUGA